CAUACACGCGCAGGCUCGGAAUCAGCGGGUGGCCGCGCCUCCUAGCAACCGCCUGCCAGCCCUGGCCUAGGGAAGAGAGAAGGUCGCAAUGGCCGAGCCAGCCAUCGUCAUCUCCUCCUCCGCAGUACCAAGAGAAGAGCCCGGUCGUGGCGAGUUACUCAUCACGACCUCGAAACAAGCCCGGAAGAGUUCAGCUCUUGAUAGAGAAGGAUGGUGGAGGGUAGCAUUAACGACUACUCCAACUCCUGGCACGUAUCACUUAAAGACUUUUAUUGAAGAAGCGCUAUUAAAUCCAGUGAAAGCAACCUACAAUUUUAAAAAUGAAGGGAGGAAAAAGAUACCGCUUGUACAGAGAAACGACCCCGUGCCCACUGACCUCCCGCAGUACAAGCCUCCCGACUUCCUGGAGCUGUUGAAGAAGCAAAUGGCCUCGUACUCAUUCAAAGACCAGCCUCGACCAAACCCCAGCACACUGGUUGACAAAGAUGAGUCACUCCAGCUUUGCCCGGGACAGUAUGAGUUACUUCCUGCACCAGUCCCCAAGGGUACUUCCAGGAGCUUUGUAUUUCGUUCUGCAGUUGAAAGAUUCCCACCAAACUAUUUCACACCUCAUGAAGGCCCUGGACCAGGUGACUACAACUUGAAACCACCUCCAACAGGCUCUAUUACUUCUUGCUUUCGAUCUAAGGUCCCCCGAUUCUUGCCUAUCGGUUCAAAAACACCGGGUCCAGGAGCAUACACAGCUUCUAGACAGUUCCCUAAGCAGUCCCCAACCAUCGCCAAAAUGGGUAGAGAACACAGCCUCUUCUUCAAUAACACAAUUGGUUUUUAAAAUAAAGCAUUAUU